GGAAGGUGGAGGGGGAGCGCUUUCAUCCAAACAGAGUCAAACUUGCAGUUGACUUCUGCCACUGGUUGCCGUCAUCAUUCAAUGGUGGCCCUAGUGCGCAGGUCCAAAUUGCUUCCUCUUGAUCACAAGGGGUUUCCCCAGGGCCAGGGUUUCCCCAAGGUUUCCUUGAAUAUUUUACUGAAGUGCUGCAGCCCCGUUCUUCUUUUUUGAAAACUGACUCUGCUUGCCGCAAAGGCCUGACUUGUGAAGCUCCUUGAAAUUGUCCAAACUGGUUCUGAGGGCACUUUCCUGGAGGCCAAUGCAACUGGCAGCAAGGGUACGCGCGCUACAAAGAGCUCAAAUGGUAUGCAAAUAUUGCAGAGGCUGAUUUGCUUGAGCUGACAAGCACAGAGCCGCCGAGCUAGUGUCUGGUUGGAACUAAGCACUUCCAAUUGGAACCCCACCACUUACAAGAGUUUGCACACACUCACAGGGUGAUGUCAGCUGCUCUCCCCUCAACACAACGAGAUGGGGCGCACUUUGCCAAUCCUCCUGCUUCAUCCUGUUUUCUUAAUUGCGAUCAGCGCUCUGCUGCAGUUGACAUCAGCAACGUUGCUCUUGGGUCAAAUUGUCACUGGCAGCGGUUACAACAAAGCGAUUGAGGUGCGCAAUCCUGGGCCCUUCAGUGAAGCAGUGAACCUAACCCAAUUUGGCUUGCUCUGGCUCCCCAACGGGCAAGACUUUCGUGUGUCCGGUUGGCAACAGCUCCAAGCCCCUAUUGCAGCCGAGACGGCUCUGGUUCCGGGGGGUGGAUCAUACCUUAUUGCGCACACACGCGCGGCCCCCUGGCUGGUGGGAAAUGCAAGUGCCCUUAGUGAAGCUUUCCUUUUCGAUGGGAAUGAUGUUCUCGCGCUGGCAAUGCGGGCGGACAACAAUACCUGGCUGCCAAUUGACAUUGUCGGAAACCCGAAUCGCUACAAUGCGAGCGGGUGGGCUGUUGCCGGACUCCCAAGCGCAACCCGAAACCACACCCUCUUUCGCAAAACCAGCAUCACUUCUCCCACCGUAAACUGGACCCUUUCCGCCGGCACCGACGCCGCCUCCUCUCAGUGGAUCGUUCUUCCGAGCACCGUUCUCAGACCCGGGGGGUCGAACGGCACUGGAUCGGUCCCCCUGACGAGCGGGCAGUGUAGCAAGGCCGCUGGUGUAACAAGUGACCGGAGGAAAAAUAAGAGCGUGUUGAAAGUUGCCAUGUGGACCGUGGACUGGUUGUUUGACGGCGUUAGCGAUCCGGCUGGGUCGCCCUGGAAUGGCGGAGCAAGUUGUCCAGGCAAUCCUGGCGACCCGGGUUUCACGCCCUUGAACCAGUGCAACGCGGCAGGGGCGGCAGCACGGAUCCAACGGGUGGUGCGCCGCAUCAAGGAUCUUGAUGUCGACAUCCUAAACCUGGUCCAAGUAGAGAGCUGCGGUGUCCUGCAGCAACUGGUCAACGGUUCCGAUGCAGGGUAUGCCUCGUAUCUGGGCGUCUCGAACGACUCCGUUUCAGGGCUGAAUCUAGGACUGCUGUUCAGGCUGGACCCCAUUCUGCCCAUCGGAAGGAUCUUGGGGAACAUGAGCUACCCGCUGCCGGGCUCCGCCUGCGGCUUCAGCGGAACCGGAACGACCGACGCAACCGCCAACUUCCGGACGACCUUCCAGGUUCUCAACCGGUCCGUGGCGUUUAUCGGUAUGGAGCUGCCAGGAUUCCCACGAGACCCCGAGAGUUGCGCCGUUAGGGAAGCGCAGGCAGCAAUCAUCAGUGCGGAAGUGCAGCGCCGGAUCGCGGCCGGGCAGGAGGUUGUGCUCGCGGGCAAUCUCAACGACUGGUCGGCCGUGGACACAGACCCCCUGGGUCACGUGCCCAUCUCCCGGGUUCUGCAGUCGCUGCAAUACCCAAACGCGUCCGGUCCCCCGCAGCUCAUCAGCGCUGCCACGUGGUUGUCCGACGCGAAUCGUUACACGUCCGAAGGUCCGGCGGUGGCGGGGGGAUUCCCCGCGCCCCAACAAGUGGACUUUAUCCUCGUCACGCAGGGGCUAGCGAGCCUCAACGUGACCGUACAAAUUGCCCAUGAUAACGCUACUCUUCAAAGUCUGUCAAGCCAUUGGCCCCUCGUCCUCACGUUGCAAGUUCCGGAUAGCAAGACGGCCACUGUAGCUCCCGUUGCCCAGGUAUUGUUGCCCAAUGUCACUACAAGUAGUAACUCGAGUUCAAGUGUUGUAGUGCCGUCGCCUGUUGCCACGUCAUCGCUUACUAGUACAUUAGAUAGGAAGAGCAGUAGUAGCCUUCUGCUACCGAUCGUACUCGGCAGUGCAGGCGGUGCCCUCUUUGUUGCACUAGCAUGCUUACUGGUUUUCGUAGGGAUGCGACGGAGAAAGAGGGUGUACAGUCAUAGGCGGCUUCAGAAGCAAACACAGUUAGAAGGACAUAGGCAAAGCCUGGAAGUUGCGGUGGAGCAAAAACGGGAGUCUACCGAAGAGCGGGAAAGCAUGGUAGAGAAUGUAGAUGAGGAUAAAGACGAUUGGAGGCCCAUAGAUCGAUCCAUGCCGACAAUCAAGUCGGGUGAAAUCCUAGAGCUAGGUUUGUAUGCCAAAUCCCCCUUUGAUGAUGACUAGAACGGAGGACUUUAAAUGAGAGGAACCCAAAUGUUAAUGUUCGGAUAAAGUGCGAGUGAUUUGCCUGUUUCCCAAAAGCAUGACUUGGAAAAUCAAAAUGCU